ACGGUCUUUGACGGACAAAGUUGUGUUUAUUAAAACUGAAACGUUCAUCAUCUGAAACGGAGCCAGUGGAAGGUCUGCAGAGAUAAACGAAGCAUAAGUAAGCGUGUGAUAUAGGACAGAGGAUGAGAGGCGAUCCUGGGCCAGUUCAGAUCGUGACAGUCAACAAGGAGGAUCACUCCUUUGACCUGGACACAGAAGCGCUCAGUCGAAUUCUGUUGACGCCUGAGGUUCGAGAUAAGGAUGUGGUGGUGGUGUCUGUCGCCGGUGCCUUCCGAAAGGGGAAAAGUUUCUUUUUGGAUUUCAUGCUCCGAUACAUGUAUAGGAAGCCUGGUCAGGACUGGCUUGGGCAGGAGAAUGAGCCUCUGACAGGUUUCUCCUGGAGAGGAGGAUCAGAACCAGAGACCACUGGCAUCCAGCUAUGGAGUGAAGUUUUCAUUGUGCGGAAGAAGGAUGGAAGUGAGGUAACAAGCCUCCUGCCACUCUCAGAUGUGGCUCCAGAGUUCAAGGAGCAGUUGCAUGAACUCAUUCCCAACCUGCUGAAGACUGACGAGCUGGCUGUGAAAGAGAUCAAUGGGAAUAAGGUGACCUGCAGGGGCCUGCUGGAGUACUUCAAGGCAUAUAUCAAGAUAUAUCAGGGAGAAGACCUUCCACACCCUAAAUCCAUGCUAGAGGCUACAGCAGAGGCCAAUAACCUUGCAGCUGUGGCGUCAGCAAAAGACCAGUACUACAAGAAUAUGGAGAAGGUGUGUGGUGGAGAUCUGCCUUAUGUGGCUCCUGACUCACUGGAGGAGAAGCACCAUUUCUUCCUGCAGGAGGCCCUUCAUCUCUUCUCCAGCACUAAGAAGAUGGGUGGGCGGGAUUUCUGUUACCGUUACCAGGAACAGUUGGAAGGAGAGCUGAAAGAGCUGUGGGAGUCCUUAAGCAAACACAACGAGUCCAAGAAUGUUUUUAGUGCUUUCCGGACGCCUGCAGUGCUGUUUGUCCUGGUCUGCCUCCUGUAUGUUCUGUCAGGAAUUUUGUUCUUCAUUGGCCUGGAAACUAUUUCCUUUGCAUGUGACUGUGUAGUUGGCCUGGCCAUGAUUGCUAUGCUGACCUGGGCCUUUAUCCGGUACUCUGGUCAGUACAGAGAAGUAGGCUCAGCCAUAGACCAGGCUGCUGGAGUAAUACUAGAGCAGGCCACAGAUGUGCUAAACAAGACAAGAAGCCAGGGUCAGGUGGCUGCACAACAGAAAAAGACAAGAUAGCUUCUCAUUCAUACCGAAGAUGCCAGAACGAGAUGUAAACUGCACAGACGUGACCAAUAAUGUUACCAAAUUAUGCAUAUCUCCAAAUAUAGCACUUACAUUUCUACUUCUAAUGCAGGCUGACUCAUUUUGUCAGAAUAUCUUAAAGAAGAUUUUUAAAUAUCACCACAAAUAUGAACACAAGACCAAAUAUCACAAACCAGCAGCUGGUUUUUCAGGGACAGGUAUAGAUUUAGCGCAAGGGCUAAACUCUCCACAGAACUGCAUUGAUAUGUUUACAGUUGUUCAUUCCAGUUCAGCCAAAGACAUCCUCUAUAGCAGGUCAGGGUUGUAUAAUGUUUAGAUUGCACUUGUAUUGCAGACUGUAGACAUGUUAUCUGUUUGUUCUUAGCCAGGAAUACCUUUGCACAUGAACUGCCAUUACUUCAUUAAGGCUUGAGCUUGAUAAGAUGUUUAGUAUUACAAGUGUUACUAUAUUAUGUGAACUUUGCAAGAGCUUUGUUUGGUGUUCUUUGUACCACAUUGUUGCCUUCUAUGCAUUCCAUCUUUCCAUCUUGUACACAUCCAUGUAUGAUUUAUAUGGGAGUUUCUGUCAAUAAGCUGUUUCACUUGUAUUGGGUUUCAUAAUCAGGGUAACAAACAUAUAUUAUUCCAUCCCAAUGUUCUUGAGUGCUGGAUUGGUUCUGUUCACUUCCUCUUAACUGCUGGCAUGUAGUUGGGUGUUCAAAACCAUCCUGACACUGUCAUCAAGUUGAACAAAGUAUUGAUAGAAAAGCUAAUAUUAACUAUUCAACAGUGUCUUGGGGAAAGCUUGGUCAUUGUGCACUAUUCUGUAAUCAGGUUCAUAUUUGCAUAUCAUUAGUAAAUGCCUGAUUUGAUUCUGUUAUUGGAGUGAUUUGAGCACUGUUGCUCUUAUGACUUUCCAUUUUAAUUUUUGUUACGUAACAUUCCUUGUAUGAUGUGGUGGUGAAAUAGUAUACCUGGAGAAUCCAGAGCAUUUUUCCAGGUUUUUAAAGACAGAAAAUAUGCAUUUGCCCCCCAAGGAAUGUCUGUAAAGUGUAUUUGUGGCGUUCUUCUUUGUUGCAUUCCACUAGAGCCUCAGUUGGAGGCUUUGAAUGUGUUACUUUCACUUUUUCAGCUGUGUGGACCUGCCUAAACUUACCCACCAGGGAUCAUUCUCUGUCCCUGUAUAUCACUUUCAUUGUUACAUACACGUUAUAUAUCCCAGAAAUAAAGCUAUACGCAUGCCAUACACUGAUGGGUCUUGUUUGUACACAGUUGAAGGCAGAAAUGUGAAGAAGAGUCAACGUUUGUACACUAGGUGUCAGCAUUGAUUUAAACGGAGAGAACGUUUCAGUGCGUCGUGGCCACGUUUGAACAUCGUUCAUUUGCAUCAAUCCACAAAUAGAUCCUUUGAUUCGUACAUCACUUGUUCACUGCAAACUGUAGAU